GCCGGCCUCAUCUCCUAGAAAAAUUAAGAGAGAAAACUCCAAAUUUGAUUUUGGAGGCUUUUGUGUUUGUCUCCCGUUGCCCAUAUUCCAAGGCUCUCUCUCCUUGGGAUUUUGGAACAACGACAAACGGGAUACUACCAUAAUUUCUUCUUCUUCCUAAAAUAUUUUACUGCAAUAUCAAGGUAGGAGAGGGAAAUUUAUUUAUUGCAAUAUCAAGGUAGGAGAGGGAAAUCUCUCUCUCUCUCUCUUUUUUCUUUGGAGAUUUAGAUUUUUAUAAUUUGAAUUUCAAAGACAAGCAAUCAAAAUGACGGCACGCAAGAGAGAGCUGUGAGAUCUAACAUAGAAUUUUGGCUACGACAGGACUCGUAUUGACUUAAAUUGAGUUAAAGUUCAAGUUAUAAAGCCUCGGCAAAAAUGUUGGGCACGAUACCUCCCAUGAAAGUGAAAGGUGGCCUUCGAAAGGGUCUGAAGUACAUCUCAAAUAUAUUUGAGCAAGAAAAAGAACAAGAAAUGGUGAUAGGCCAUCCAACCGACGUCAAACACGUGGCACAUAUUGGAUUUGAUGGACCUGCCGUAAAUAAUCCUACUUGGAUGACUGAGUAUCAUUCGGCACCAUUGAGCACUACAUUUGGUCAGGACCGAAGACAGACUGGCUCACCAAAAUCUGCAUCUCAAGGUUAGGGCACUGUUUGACAAAACUAGCUGAAACCUGCGAGAUUAUAGCUGGAAGCUGUCAAGCUAGUUGAAAGCUGUGAAAUUAUAGCUGAAAGCUGAUAGUUGUGUAGCUAGCUGAUUGACUA